AUGUCAUAUAACCCUAACCAGAGACAAGAUAAUCUCCAUCUCAAUCUCAAUCUUAAUCUAAACACUAGCCCCAAUUAUAACACCAGUGGACCCAAUACUUCAACUACUAGACCGGAGAGGACGUCUCCUCAACAAACCACACAGCAAGUGCUCCAAAAUAUACCGCACCAGAUUCCUCAGCAAAUCAGUCAAUCGUUUACUCAAAACCCACAGCUUUCACAGGUCCCACUGCUGCUGGGUCCGACUCAGAUACCGCCUCCUCACUUGUAUCCACAGGGGCAGCUCUACUACAACCCUCAAGCUGAUUAUUCGUUGCCGCCUACCCUUCCACCUGUUUCCCAAUAUCCCAUAAGUCCCCAGCAGUUUCAAUACUCUCAGCAGCCACCGCAACAAAUUCCAUAUCAGUCGUUUAUCCAGCAACAGACUGCUCCUAGUCAUCAAGCUUAUGUUCAAAACCCAGCAACUGGUCAAGUAAAGGAGGAAAACUAUUACCAGCAAAUAGAAGCAAUGUCUGCAGCAACAAGGAGUAUCUCGUUGCACAACUAUAAUCAAGGUAUAUUACCUACGUUUACAGGGGCCGGAUCCAAUCUACUACCACAAGUGCAGCCAAAUGAGCAAAGACUUCCGAUACCUCAAGUUCUUACUUCUAUCCCCGAGAAAACACCGGCUGUGCCAAACUCUGGCCAGUUUCCAGCCACCGACCAGUACAAUAUCUAUUCUGGUUCGGGUUCGGGUUCUGGUCCCGCCAAUCCUCCUCCAUUUGCCAACCCAGCAUUGGUGGGGAGUUCAGUACAGCAUUUUCAACAACAACAGCAGCAGCAGCAGUCUUUUACGCGACAACCGCAGGUGAUUCCACAAGAACAGCAAUUACCACCACCACUGUCCAUCUACGGCCACUCGCGAACAAUUAGUGAUAUACCUCCAUCAACGACAUCAUUAUCGUCUUCUGCCUCUGCAAGGCAGAGCGGGGUGCAGAAGAAGGGCCACAGGAGAAGACACACUGCCACAGUACACGAUAUGACCCCCGAGACAGCAGCUAGAAAUAGGUGCCGAAUAUGCGGAAAGCAAUUCAAGCGGCCUUCGUCGUUGCAAACUCACUACUAUUCACACACGGGAGAGAAAAUAUUCAAGUGCCCCUGGCCUGAAUGUGGCAAGCUAUUUUCGGUCAAGUCCAACAUGACAAGACACUACAAAUUACACGAGCGAGACGCCCAGCGAGCUCUGGAUAUUCGAAGAGAAGGCCAAACUCAAGACAUUUCGGGGAAUUUUCAUUUCCCGCCGUUGCAGCUGGAAAUGACGGCGCAUCAAGCCCAGUUCCAGCAACAGCAACAACCAUUACAGCCACAUCACCGAGCAUCCGCUUCAGCUCCUUCGAACAUGUACAAUCUUCAACCUGGUCAGUUGCGACAGACACAAGUUGAAUCACAGCAGCAGCAGCCACCGAUACAGCCACCGAUACAGCCACCGAUACAGCCACAACUACAGCCACGGCCACCGCUGCAGCCUUCGCAAUAUCAAUCGUACUCUACGCGACCUGUUACAACUCAAACUACUACCACUACCACCACCAAUGCGGGGGAAAGUGCAGAUCCUCAAGAUACCCAACACCAAUACCAAUAUCUGCCGCCCCAACAACCACCUCGACAAUAA